GUGAUGAGAGCAGACGGACGGCCACAGAGACUUUACCUGGCCAUGGACCACCUGCUGCUGCUGCUGCUGCUGACUUCAGGACUCCAGGCUGAAGGAAAACUCAACUCACCAGAGUCUUUCAGGUUGGUGGGAGGAGACAGUCGCUGUGCAGGAACACUGGAGCUGAAACAUGAAGGAGAAUGGAGACCAGUGAAUCGCUAUUACACGACCCUGAAGACAGCAGCAGCUGUCUGCAGAGUGUUAAACUGUGGUUCUGCUGUUUCUGUAGAACAGAAGAGUUCCUCACGCAGAUUUGUGUGGUCGAUCAGAUCUGGCUGUUUUCUGUCUAGAUCUGCUCUGGAGUGUGCAGCAUCAUCAGGUUACACUCCCUACAUCCUGGACCUCACCUGUUCAGACUCUGUCAGGCUGGUGAAUGGGACCAGUCUGUGCUCAGGCAGACUGGAGCUGAAGUCUGAUCAGUCUAACCAGAGCUGGUCCUCAGUGUGUGAAGCUGACUUUGACCAGGAGUGUGCAACAUCGGCUUCUUCUUCUUCCUCCAUUGUGAAUCUCACCUGUUCAGGUAAGCCCAUCAGUGACAUCAUCUAUGACACCCAAACACCAGCUAGAAUGGCAGUGAACUGUCUACUGCAGCCAUGA